AUGUUAGUACAGCCUGACUGUAGGCCUGCUCUUGAUCGCUCUUUUGGUCCUGGUUUCUCCGGCCAUUGUCGAGGUGGUUUUGAUUUCACACUGCUAUUCGAACAGUCCAUUCUAUCAGCUGGGCCGUCCAUCCUGUUCCUUCUACUGGUGCCACUUCGUUUGUACCAUCUCCAAAUAUCGAAUGUCAGAGUCGUCCGAAAGCGACGACCCGACGUGGUCAAGACGGUCCUUACAACUGUCCUAGUCAUACUACAUGCUACCCUCCUUGGUCUAUGGGCGAGACAGUUGGAUUCAGCCACUCAACUGUCCUUGCCCGCUACUACUUUGGCCUUUUUGGAUGCCGUUGUGAUAUCGUACGUUUCUUAUCUGGAACACACCAGAGCUGUUCGACCUUCGACACUGCUGUGUCUAUAUCUACUUGCCACAUUGGUCUUCGACAUACCACAAAGUCGUACACUUUUUCUUCGUCAUGAUCUUGAUGCUAUCGCCAGUGUUUUCACCGCUACGAUAGUAACAAAAGCAACACUGCUCGUAGCGGAAAGUUGGCCAAAGCGCAGAAUCCUUAUUGCUCCGUACAGAAACUACUGUCCCGAAGCGAUCAAUGGUGUUUUGAGUCGCACGUUUCUCUGGUGGCUGAAUCCGCUCUUCUUGAAAGGAAUCAAAGGGCUCAUAAAUCUUCCCGACCUUUUUGACUUGGACUCAGAGCUGUCGUCUGAGAAGCUAGGGAGCCGUUUACAGGAAGCCUGGGAUAAAAGAGCGAAAUCUGCUUCCCUUGUUUACACAUGUGCAAAGGAGUUCCGCUGGGAGCUGCUGCUUGUCGUUCCCCCUCGCAUGGCCUUGAUCGGAUUUAACUUCGCACAGCCGUUCCUGAUCAGUAGACUGAUCAAAUUCUUGACGCAAUCAGAGUCGGAAGAAACGUAUAACACGAGUCUGGGCUUGAUCGCAGCUGCUGCCAUCAUCUACCUAGGGAUCGCGAUAUGCACUGUUCGUAAUAUGCAUCAACUUUAUCGGGUCAUGACAAUGCUGAGAGGCGCACUUACUCGCUUGAUAUCGAACAAGACGCUAGUUGUGCAGGACGGCGUUUUUGAUGACUCUGCGGCCUUGACUUUGAUGAGCACCGACAUUGAUCGCAUUGCCGUGAGUCUACAAAACAUGAAUGAGGUCUGGGCAAGAACUUUAGAGGUUGCCAUAGGUAUCUGGCUGCUGGCUGAACAGUUAGGCUGGAUUGCUGUCCUACCUAUCGUUCUCAUCGUUGGCUGCGCCCUGCUCAAUACACGCUUGGCAAAAUUUGUCAGUGGCAAGCAGAAAAUCUGGAACGGUGCCGUGCAGAAACGAAUCGGAGCCACUGCUUCUAUGCUAAGCUCCAUCAAGACUAUCAAGAUGAUGGGACUGUCCGGAGCUAUGUCUGGUCUGAUCCAGAACCUCCGUAUCGACGAGAUACACUCCGCCAGUGGCUUCCGAUGGCUGAUAGUCUUCACCAACAUGAUUGCAUUUACACCGCCCAUUUGGUCACCAGUUCUGAUCUUUGUCGCAUUUUCUGCGCAGUCAACUAACCAGCUUACCACCAAUAAAGCCUUUACUUCUCUGUCGAUCCUUACUCUGACUACGCAACCUGCCUCAAUGCUCCUCACCGCAAUCACAGACACGGCAGCUUGUCUGGGUUGUUUCAAGAGAAUCGAGAAGUUCCUGCUCACUUCAUCCCGCGAUGAUGUUCGCCGGUCAGGAACAAGACACACGUCCGAGGAAACUGAGAGGAGUAAGACCUCCGAUGAUCCAGCCAGAGAUGGGUUCUCUGGCACUGCAGGCAUCUUGCUUGGAGAUGUUCGACCUAUCGUCGCUCAUGGGGAACCACCAGCGCACUCAGUGUCCACUGUAGCAGACGACUCUUGUUCUUUCGAGCUGACAGUGCGAGAUUGUACGGUCAGACCAUCCACAGACUGCAAAGUGUCCGUCUCUGGCGUCAAUAUUGGUCUUGCUCGGGGUCAGAUAGUCGUAAUCGCCGGCCCCGUUGGAUGCGGCAAGACUACCCUUCUGAAAGCCAUCCUCGGUGAGAUACGUCCUGAACAGGGUUCAAUCUCGGUCAGAAGCAGAUUAGCUGGAUACUGUGCGCAGGAGCCCUGGAUCCCAAACACGUCAUUGCGCCAGAUCAUCACAGGGCUGGCCAUCAACCAAGCUGUCAACGAAAGUUGGUACGCAAAGGUAAUUAGUGCAUGCGCGCUCACUCGAGACUUCGAGCUACUCUCUGACGGUGAUUCUACCGUUGCUGGAAGCGGUGGCAUAACGCUGAGUGGAGGUCAAAAGCAGCGUAUAGCUCUUGCCAGAGCGGUCUACAGUCGCAACAGUAUUCUCGUUCUUGAUGAUGUGUUCAGCGCGCUCGACACCAGCACUGAGUCGACCAUUAUUACAAGGCUUUUCGGAAAGGCAGGUCUACUUCGCGGCACGAACACCACCGCAGUCAUCGCCACUCAUUCUCCAAUGCCUCUUACUGUAGCGGAUCAAAUCAUCGUUCUACGCAAAGACGGGUCGGUCGAGAGACAAGGCAACCUAGAGACACUCCGCGGAAUCCAUGGAGUCUCGAAUGACGACGUACUAAAUCUGCUCUCGGCUGAAAGGACAGAACAGGCGGGUCCACCACAGACUACUUCGAAGGCUGUGCGUGGCCCUUCUGCUAAUGAUAUCAGUGACUUAACCCGCAGAACUGGUGACAUUGCAGUGUACAUGUAUUACUUCAGAUCAGCGGGAUACUGGGCCCUGGCGAUCUUCAUCCUCUUCUCGGCCGUCUUUGUGUUCACUUCGUACUUCCCUCAGGUCUGGCUCGCCUGGUGGUCAGAGGACGACCAUCCUAACUUUGCGCGUUACAUCAGUGUCUACAUAAUCCUGGCCUUACUCGCCUGGACUUUCCGCAUGGUCACUUUGGCAUGGAUGCUUGUCUACAUUUCUCCCAAAUCAUCGAAGACACUACACACGACAAUGCUCAAGACCACACUCAAUGCACCCAUCUCGUUCUUCUCGAACACAGACGCAGGGACUAUCAUCAACAGGUUUAGCCAAGAUAUAGGUCUAGUUGACCGCGUCUUGCCGCUAUCGCUGGGAAGAGUACUUAUCCAGCUAUGUAUGACGGUAGCCCAACUUGCUCUUAUCUGCAUGGGAUCAUCAUACAUGGCAGCAACGAUACCCUUUAUGAGAUUCCUUGAUCUCGAGGGACGAAGCGCAGUCUACACCAACUUCAUGGAGACACUUUCUGGCACCAUCACCAUUCGGGCACUUGGUUGGGAAUCCACCGUGGCUGAUCUAAACAUCGAUCGUCUUGAUCGUUCUCAAAAGCCAUACUAUCACCUCUUUUGCAUCCAGAGAUGGUUGAAUCUGGUACUAGAUCUGAUCGUGGCGGCCAUGGCAGUCAUCGUCGUUACCCUAGCGGUGCGACUGCCCAGCCAAUCCAGCGCGGCAGCCAUAAGUCUUGCCCUCAACAAUAUUCUUGGCUUCAGUCAGUCGUUGCGAGUGGUGGUAGAUGCCUGGACUCAAUUAGAGACUUCCCUUGGAGGUAUCGCACGAUUGAAGAGUUUCGAAGCGACGGUUUUGCCUGAGCAUCAACCACACGAAAGCUUCGACCCAGGCCCAGCUUGGCCAGCACAAGGCGCUAUUAGCUUUAAAGAGGUGGUUGCUUCUUACAACGAUUCGAGUCAGGUUCUCAAGGGUGUCAGUAUUGACGUCAAAGCUGGUCAGAAGUUAGGCAUUUGCGGUCGAACUGGAAGUGGAAAGAGCUCGCUACUCCUUACGCUGCUACGUCUUCUCGAGAUACAAAGCGGCACGAUCUCCAUUGAUGAUGUCGAUAUUCAGAGCGUUCCUCGCAAUCUCCUGCGUGAGCGGGUCGUAACAAUUUGCCAGGAUCCUUUCAUCCUCAACGAAAGCGUUCGGAGAAACAUAGAUCUCAUGUCGACGAUGUCCGAUGAUCAGAUCAUCUCCGCUUUCGAGAAAGUCCAGCUGUGGGAAUUGAUCUCCUCGAGAGGUGGGUUAGAUGCACACAUGAAGGAGCAACCAUUGAGCCAAGGCCAGCAACAGCUGUUCGCUUUGGCGAGGGCGAUCCUGUCAGAAGGUCGAAUCCUUGUUCUCGAUGAAGCUACCAGCAAUGUUGAUGCGGCGAGUGACGAGCUCAUGCAGCGUAUCAUCCGCGAAGAGUUCUCUGGGAGGACAAUCAUAACAAUCGCUCAUCGAAUCGACACGAUCAAAGAUGCAGAUCUGGUAGUAGUGCUGGACGCAGGCCUUGUGAUUGAGACUGGAGAUCCCAAAGAAUUGCUCAAGGAGGGUUCUGGCUCCCAAUUCCGAAAACUCUACAUCAGCGGCGGUGGCGAAUCUCGUUGA